AUGGGGAGUAACAAGAACAAGGAUACGUCGUCGUCCUCGAAACGAAGGAGAAGAAAAUCUGACGACUCAGACUCGGACUCAGACUCCUACGAGUCAGAUAGUCAUGACUUAUCACCAAGGAGAAGAAGAAGUUCUAGCAAACGCCGAGAGCGGAGUCGAAGCCGAAGGAACCGAAGUUAUGACGAAAGCGAUAGUAGCGGUAGCGAUGAUCGUGGGCGGAAGAAGAAGAGCUCGUCAAGGAAGAUUACAGAGGAAGAAAUCGCCGAAUAUCUCGCGAAGAAAGCUCAACGAAAGGCUAUGAAAGUUGCAAAGAAAUUGAAGGCGCAAUCUGUUUCUGGAUAUUCUAAUGAUUCAAAUCCUUUUGGCGAUAAUCAUCUAAGCGAGAAAUUUGUUUGGCGGAAGAAGAUUGAACGAGAUGUCAUCCAAGGCGUGCCGCUUGACAUGUUUUCGGUUAAAGCUGAAAAGCAGAAACAGAGAGAGAGGAUGGCAGAGAUUGAAAAGGUGAAAAAGAGAAGAGAGGAAAGGGCACUUGAAAAGGCACAACAUGAGGAAGAAAUGGCAUUGUUGGCUAGAGAACGUGCAAGGGCUGAGUUCCAAGAUUGGGAAAAGAAAGAAGAGGAGUUUCACUUUGAUCAGAGCAAAAUCAGGUCACGUAUCAGACUGUGUGAAGGGCGAGUGAAACCUAUAGAUAUUUUGUCUAAGCACCUUAAUGUGUCUGAUGAUUUGGAUAUAGAAAUAAAUGAACCAUACAUGGUUUUCAAGGGUUUGACGGUAAAAGAGAUGGAAGAGCUUCGUGAUGACAUAAAAAUGCAUCUGGAUAUGGAUAGGGCAACUCAGACACACAUUGAUUAUUGGGAGGCACUUUUGGUGGUUUCUAAUUGGGAGCUAGCUGAAGCUCGGAAAAAGGAUGCACUCGAUCGGGCUAGGGUGCGUGGAGAAGAGCCUCCUGCAGAGUUGCUUGCAGAAGAAAGGGGUCUGCAUUCUAGUAUUGAAACAGAUGUUAGGAAUCUCUUGGAAGGGAAAUCUUCCAGUGAGCUUGAGGCAUUACAGUCCCAAAUUGAGUCACAGAUGAGCUCUGGCACCGCGAAGGUAGUUGAGUAUUGGGAGGCUCUUCUCAAACGACUUCAGAUCUACAAGGCAAAGGCUUGUUUGAAGGAAAUUCAUGCUAAGAUGUUACGCAAGCAUUUGCAGCGCCUUGAGCCACCUUUAGAAGGUCAUGAUAAGCUGGAAAGUGAUCAAAGUGUGAGGCCUAUAGAGGAGGACAGUGAACAUGAUAUCAAAGAUGCCGAAACAUUCUCUCCAGAGCCUAUGCCAAUGGAAGAGACUCAUGAGGCAGAAGAAGCAGGGUCAUUUUCUCCUGAAUUGCUACAUGGCGAAGAUGAUGAAGAAGCAAUUGAUCCUGAAGAAGAUAGAGCCAUGCUGGAAACAAAACGAAUGGCUGUGCGAGAGGAACAGCAAAAACGAAUUCAAGAAGCCAUGGCAUCAAAGCCACCUCCACCAGAUGAGAACUUUGAAAUGAAAGCCAUGAAAGCUAUGGGUGCCAUGGAGGAAGGUGAUGCAGUAUUUGGAUCUGGUGCUGAAGUAAAUCUGGAUUCGCAGGUAUAUUGGUGGCAUGAUAAGUACCGACCAAGAAAGCCGAAGUAUUUCAACCGUGUUCAUACUGGAUAUGAAUGGAACAAAUACAAUCAGACUCACUAUGAUCACGACAAUCCACCGCCAAAGAUUGUGCAAGGAUAUAAAUUCAACAUCUUCUACCCAGACCUUGUUGACAAGACAAAGGCUCCCACUUAUACCAUUGAAAAGGAUGGAAACAGUGAUGAGACCUGCAUUAUAAGAUUUCAUGCUGGGCCACCUUAUGAAGAUAUAGCAUUCCGGAUUGUAAACAAAGAAUGGGAAUACUCUCAUAAGAAAGGAUUCAAGUGCACGUUUGAACGUGGAAUUUUACACGUUUACUUCAACUUCAAACGCUAUCGCUACCGGAGAUAAACCUUCGUUAAUUUUGUGGUUUUGUUCUCUACUGUAAAUUACUCCAUGAAAUUGUAUGAAACAGUCGCUUGAUUCAGAGCUUGUUAUAACAUUUUUAUUUUACAUAGAUACAAAAGAGAAACCUUGUUUAGUGAACACGGGAACAAAUAAAUUUGUUACCAAUAAUUUUAUUUGAGGUUAAUUACAAAGACGUCGAAGAUUAAUUUAGA